UUUCCUGACGUCAAGGCUAUCGGGGGGAAUCUAGCCGCCCUUGUCACGUCUGAGGACCUGGCCUCUGCCGGGGCGGCUACCAAAGCACGCACACAGGGCGCAGCUAAUUUCAUGAUAAGCACCACAACACCCAAUGCCACUGGGGUGAUGACUGGAGGCAAAGGCGGAAAGCAGUUGGCCACAUCCUACAUCAAGAGCUGGGAGGGAGGAGGCCUAGAUGAUGUUUGGGCGAUUGUUGAGCCCCUUUUUGAAGCCAAGGCUGAGGUGGUCAUGAAUGUUGAGCAAGUGUUUGUGCGCACACUGAGCGGCAAGACGGGCGUUGUCAGCGUGCUGCCAUGCGACCCAGCGGCUGUGCUGCUGCUAUCGACUGCGGCAAACGAAGGCGUGCCGCCGGUUCUCCUGCGACUGCUGUGGCGUAGCCGGCGCGUGCGCUUGCAUCGCAGCUUCGCGGCGCAGGGCAUUUUGCCAGGCAGCACAGUGUUUGUGACCAGCGUGCUGUAUGGCGGCGUCGGGUUCACAGAGGCGGAAGUGCGGCGCGUGUGCGACGCUGUGGAGAAGCUCGCGCGCAGGGACGCGGGUGCAUGCGCGCGCAUGGAAGCUGGGCAGUGGGAGCCGCUUGUGCAAGUGCUUGCGCAUCAGAGUACUGCCUCGCCAGCAGUAGUGGAGGCCGUACUCCGCGAGCGUGCGGCGACAAUUCGAGCGGCGGUGGCGGUGGCAGGUAUUACGCAUCGCAUGUUCGCUGCACGCACUGCAAAGCAGCAGGCUGCGCGAGCAGCGGCGGCCGGGUCGGUAGCAGGCAGCGUACAGGCGAGUGCGGGUGGAGCGCCAGGCACCUCAGCUGUAGGAGCGUCGCCUGCUGCCGGGACCGGGCCUGGGUCAGCAGGUGCAGCGGUGAGCCGCUAUUCGGGCGCAGCUGGGGCGCCUUCAGCAGCCCAGCACAAAGUGACAGCAGCGCCGGGGGCUAGGCUGGCCGGCGUACCGCAGCAGCCGCGCACGGUCCGGCAGCGCGCGCAGGCGGAGGCGUUCAAGUCGAUGAUGGGGCAAGGGCUGGAUGAGGGUAGCCGUGCUCAUGCUGCUGCACAGACUUGCACGUUCACCAGGCCCGAGCAGCCUGCGCCACCGGCACCAGCGGCACGGGAGGGGCAGCCGCAGGGGCGUUAUGUCACAGAUGUCAUUGCUGGCAUCGUGGGCGUGCUGCGGCAGCACCGGGAUCUAGCCAGCAUCUUGCACCGCAAAGAGAUGAACAUGCUGCUGCCGGGUGAGUUGAAGCAGCUUGCCGAGGCGCUGCAGCAGCAGCUGCCGGAGAAGCUGCGCAGCAGCUCAGUGCAUGGGAUGGAGACGUGGCUGCAUCACCACGCGGACGAGAUCGAGCUCGCGCUAGCAGGCGUGCCAAACCCCGAUGCGGUGGCAGCAGCUGCCGGUGUGGGCGGAGCAGCCAUGCCGUGAGAGGUGCAGCUUGGCUUGCAGCGUGUUGCGGAGAUGAUGGGGCUGGCCUCCGACGCGGAGAAGCAGCCGGCAGCAGAGGCGUGGCAGGAGCGGCAAUGGCACACGCUAACAGAUUGCAUCAGUGCUACGCGCGCUGCAGCCAGGGUCGCAGGAGACACCGCCGGGGCUGCAGGAGCGGCCGUCGGCACAGGCGGCGCGCAGACCGCCGCUGGUGGCGUGCCUGACAUCGCAACGUCACGCUUGUGUGACGAUGCCGCUGCAGCACAGGCGAUGCGCCAGCAGAUGGCCGCGGAGUUGCCGACGCAGCCGUGUUGCGUAUGCGGUCGCCGCCGGCGUCAGCGCGAUGUUCAUUGGCAUCGUGUCUCGGGAUUGCGGGAGUGGCUCGACGAGCAGCUUAGCGUGAUGCUGCCGGGCACAGCAGAGGCGCCGCGGGAUGGCAACACGCUGUGGGCUCCGCCGACAUCGGCCGAAGCUGUAGCGUUGCUGGCGGGUGCCACGGGCGCUGCGUCAAUGACAGGUGAGUGCGGAGGCGAUUAGGGCAGGGGCCCACUCGGACGCACUGCAGUGACGGUGGGAAUGGGAAUACAAGCAGGAAUGCAGGGCGCGCGGUGUAUCGGCUGCAGGCGCAUCCUGCGGCGGGCACAGUGCAGCUGGCCGCAGACGGCGAU